CCCUACCUUAAAAAAAAAUCACACUUCAGUGUUCACCAACCCUCAGUCCCUCAGGCUUCAGCUAAGUCAACACACUCAUCCUUCAAAGGUAGUUUUCUUCCACUCUAGUUUCCUUUCCCGAGUUCACAAAUGCUAUCGUUUGUCUGACUUCAAUCUCGAUCGGAAACAAGCUUAUUAUUACCGACAACUUCUUCAUCUUCUUCAGUCAGGAAACGUAAAAAAGGAUAUCUUAUUUGCGUAGGGAUAAUGGAAGCUGCAUUCCAAUCUGCCUUUGCAUCAAAUGUACUCAAGACUUUCUGGAAACCGGUAUUUGAUGCUAUCGGUGGUGAGCUCCAAAAGGUGAAAGACAUGGAUGAGGCACUGAGAAAGCUAGAAACAUGUAGAGAGGAAGCCCUGGACCUGCUACAUAAGGUAGACCCGAGCUGCAGACGUGAAGCAGACAAAUUGGCUAAGUUUUGUCACGAAGCUGAUGAUCUCAUUGAGGUGAUUGAGCAUGAGAUCAAGAACCUGAAACCACCAACAUCCAGCUCAGUGCGGGGUAUCCUUAUCUCACCAAAAAAUUGGGCCAAGCCUCAUAAAAUUGAUGAGUUGCACAAAAAGAUGGCUAUAUUGAUAGAUCAUUUGAGAAAACACAUUGAUCUAAGUCAGGAGAUUCAGCUUCCACUCACUGAGAGUCCUCUACUUUCUGAGAUUCCUAUAAACAAAAAACUGAAAUUUAUUGGGAGGGAACUGGAUGUCCGUGUCAUAGUUGAAGAGUUAACGAGCUGGGAGACAUAUGGUUCAUUUGGAGUUUCUAUAGUAGGCAUGAGAGGUUUGGGAAAGACAGCACUUGCUGAUCACAUCCUCCACCACGAGGAAGUACAAGCCAAAUUCCCUCUUAUAUUACGAGCUUCCAUGUCUGGCGGCAACUUUUGUAAGGAAGACUUGGAGUCUAGAUUGUGUGUGGUCCAUUCUAAAAGGUUUUGUUCGAGAAAGAGAAUGAGGUCCGAAAAUAGUUCCCACCAUCUGUUGGACAGUGAUAAGUGGUUACUUAUGUUGGACAGCGUUGGAGAAGUUCCCUCAAAUGCCUGGCGUGAUUUUCAAACUUCUUAUCAGACAAUUGGGAGAAAGAUUCUCAUCACCACGCUGAGUGCUCGAGUUGGAAAAAUGACUCGAACUACUGUCCAUUAUUUGAAGCCCUUGUCAGAAAAACAUUCGGAAGAGUUGGUCCAACAUGAAUAUACACUUUCAUGUAAUUCUAUCCUACCCCAGCCUUCAAUGGUUAGGGCGUUGGCUAAAAUAUCUUGUGGUUUGCCAUUAGUUGCCACAUUUUUAGUUUGGUCACUGCCUAGCAUUGAGGAAAGAGAUCAAUGGAUCCAUGAAGACAUCUGGAAGUGGCCAAAAUUUAGAAUAGAAAUUCUACCGAUUUUACGAUCAAGUUUUAUGGGUCUUGAAACAAAGUUGAAGAGGUGUUUUGUUUAUUUCUCCUUGUUCCCCCAUGAUUAUCAAUUUUGUAAGGAGGAAUUGAUCCACUUAUGGAUCAGUGAACGUCUGGUUCUACCUCAUGAUUCAAGAUUUGAGAAAAAUGGUCAGGAUUUUUUUAACGAGUUACUGGAUAGAUCUGUCAUCCAAUCUCAAACCGGUGACAAUCGUACUUUGACGAGGUAUGAAAUGCAUAAAUUCACUCAUGAAUUUGCUCAAAUUCCUGGUUCAAAAACAUAUGUUCGUAUGGGUGUUGAAUGCACUUUUAGUCCCGAAAAUUGGAAUAAAUACACGUGUCAUUUAUCCUUGUCGUGCGAUAAGCAACUCCAGCUUUGUGACGAUAUUGGGAAGCACCUGCGGCAUUUACGGACAUUGCUUUUGCUGCCCGACAGGCGACAAACAGGUCAAAUUGGCAAAAUUCCCCAUGAUUUCUUUAAGAAAUUUUGUGGGAUUAGAGUGCUUGUUUUGAGUAAAAUUCACAUUACUGACCUUCCAAGAUCUAUAAAAAUGUUGAAGUACCUCCGCCAUUUGGACAUUUCACACACUAAUAUAAUGAAAUUACCUGAGAAACUUGCUAACAUUUCCACACUACAAAUUCUCAAGCUUAGUGCUGGCCUUGACUUUCCUGAACUGCCGACGAAUUUCAACAUGUUGAGUAAUCUAUCAUUCGUUGAUUGGAAGGAAAGUCACAUACAAAAAAUGGUAUCGAAGCCUCGGAACAUCAGAAAUCUUGUUAAUCUUCGGACUCUUCCUUUAUUCAUUGUAGGUAACAAGAAAGGUUAUUGUAUCACAGAGCUAAAGAGUAUGAAUCACAUCGAGGGAUCACUCAAGAUAUCCAAUCUCCAAAAUGUUACUGGUGAGGCAGAGGCUAGGGAGGCCAUGCUAUCUCAUAAAUCAUCUCUUCAAAGGUUGGAACUUAUUUGGACAAAAAACGCGUCAAACGCAGAAAGGGUUCUCAUAGGUCUUCAACCUCAUAAUCAGUUGAAAGAGUUGAAAAUAGUAAAUUACAGUGGUGUCACAUUUCCAUCAUGGCUUUGCAACGAUGUAACUAGACUUCAGAAACUUGAGUUAGUGGGUUGUCAAUCUUGCUGCAACUUACCAGCAAUUGGACGAUUCCCAGAUCUUAAAACCCUUCAUCUCGAGAAAAUGAGCAAGUUAAAAUGUUUAGAUCAGGAUUUCUAUGGAGCACCUAUAAAUGGUUUUGGAUGUUUCCGUUCACUUGAAUCAUUGUUAUUAGUUGACAUGGCAGAGCUUCAAGAAUGGGAAGAACUAGGAGUGAAUAUGCUACUCUGUCUUCGUGAACUUAAAAUCCUGAACUGUCCGAAGUUAAAGAGUUUGCCUUCCUUGUACCAUCUUGCUUCACUUGUUGAUUUACAAGCUGAAGAAUGCACGUCGCUGUGCUCGCUACCUGAGUUGCCAACAUCAGUGGAGUCAUUGACCAUUAGAAAUUGUGAUUUAGUGAGAAUCAGAUGUGAAGUGGGAGGUGAAGAUUGGUCAACCGUAGAACAUAUCUCGAAUGUAUUAAUAGAUGGUGUUAAAAUGGCUACAUCACCUACCCAGUGUAUCCAUCCUCCAUAUGCAGAAUAUCACAACACAUAUCUCCAGGGUUUCCAAUACAUUGUUGAAGGUGUCAAAUCGGUAUUCGUAAGUCGGCUGUUUUGAGCAUUGGAGCAAUAGGCGAGCUUUGUACAACCCUGCUGCUGCACAUACUGAUUACUGUAGUCUGUACUUAGACAAAGGCCAUUUUUAUGGUUAAGAAAGAAACUGUUAAACAGAAACAAAUGGAGUCGAUUUACUUUCUAAUGGAGAACCAGAGAAGAAAACGACUGGAAAGGCCUGAUCAAGUUGUAAGAUUAUAGUUCAAGUUGAUGAGUAAGUCGGCGUGGUUGAUAGAGCUUUUGUAUAAGUUGAUAAAUAUGAUGGCGUAGAAUGAGGGGUUUAGUGUUAUAUUUAUGCAAACUAUGAAGGGUUGGGAGUUGGGACACCUGAAUAGUGAGAAAGAUCAUUUUAUCGAGUUCCUUCUGAGCUUUGUAAUACAAUAUUUGUCUGCAUAUGUUUGUUGUGGACUUUAUUUCUUUGCACUAUAAUGUUUCUUAAAACUAUGCUUGGUUUGAUGGGUGUAUCCACCUCAUCUAGUCAAUGAUUAAAACUCUUCUUGUUAAGGAUUAUACGCAAUUGAUCUUUCCACAUUGUUGUUGCCUU